CUUCCCGAAGCCCCUCUAAUCUUGCCAUGGCAGCCAUUCGUCACGCAAGGAGGCAUUAAUGCAGUUACUGAGAUAACAACUCCCAAAUAUAACCCGCUUGCUAGAAAAGUUCUGGAAGGCUGACGGCGGACUCACAAUUUCCAGCCGACCUAAGUGGAGGGACACCGGAAGUGCGGCCGCAGCGCGCGGCAGUUUGGAUGCAGGAACCGGGACCUCACGCCCGGGGUCAGCUCCGAGGCCAUGGACCGGUACCUGCUCCUGGUCAUCUGGGGGGAAGGGAGAGUCCCGGCCUCGGCGGAUGGGGAGGCGGAGCCUGGACCCGGGGUGUCGGCUGUUGAGGGGACCGAGAAGCCGCCGGACUUAACAGCAGCAAGUGUUUAUCACCUCCUGAAAAGAAGCAUUAAUGCUUCAAGUAAUCCAGAAGAUAGUACUUUCCCUGCUUGUUCGGUGGGUGGUAUACCUGGUUCCAAGAAAUGGUUCUUUGCAGUGCAGGCAAUUUUUGGAUUUUAUCAGUUUUGUAGUUCUGACUGGGAAGAGAUACAUUUUGAUACAGAAAAAGAUGAAAUUGAAGAUCUUCUUCAAACAAAUAUUGAAGAAUAUUUGAGUACUGUUGAGUGUUUUGAAGAAGAGGACAAUAGCAGGGAAUCAGUAUCCUUGACUGAGCUAUAUGAAGAAUCUGCAGAAAAUUUGCAUCAGUUAUCAGACAAACUUCCUGCUCCUGGUAGAGCAAUGAUAGAUAUAAUACUGUUGCUUUCUGACAAAAAUCCCCCUAAAUUGAAAGACUGUUUACCUGCUGUAGGAGCAUUAAAACAUUUGAGGGAAUGGUAUUCAGCAAAAAUUACUAUUGCAGGAAAUCAUUGUGAAAUAAAUUGUCAGAAAAUUGCAGAAUACCUGUCUGCUAAUGUUAUAUCUACGGAAGAUCUCAAACAUGCUGUUGAUUCAAAGGAAUUAUGGAGGGGAAAGAUUCAGAUAUGGGAACGAAAAUUUGGAUUUGAAAUUAGUUUCCCUGAAUUUUGUUUAAAAGGAGUCACACCUAAGAAUUUUAGUGCAUCUAAUUUAAAUGCUUGCUUUCUUGCCCAAAAAACAAUACCAUCAAAGGAUAAGAAUAAUUUGCCGAAGGUUUUCCAUUAUUAUGGCCCUGCUUUAGAAUUUGUGCAGUUGAUAAAGUUAUCAGAUCUACCCUCCUGCUAUAUGUCAGACAUUGAAUUUGAGUUAGGAUUGACAAAAAACAAUACCAAACAGAAUUCUGUAUUGUUGAUGGAGCAGAUUUCUUCUCUAUGUGACAAGGUUGGUGCUCUUUUUGUACUGCCAUGUACUGUUAGUAACGUACCUACCCCACCUCCCAGCCAACUCAGUUCAAGAAAAUGGAAGGAGUAUAUAGCUAAAAAGCCCAGGACAUUUAGUGUUCCAGAUGUUGAAGUGAAAGGAGAGUGUUCUAGCUAUUAUCUGUUGUUACAAGGGAAUGGUAGUAGAAAAUGUAAAGCCACAUUGAUUUAUUCAGCCAACCAGAUCAAUGGCUCAUUUGCACUCAGUCUAAUUCAUGGAAAGAUGAAAGCAAGGACAGAAGAAGCUGAACUGAGCUUCCCUUUUGACUUAUUGCCACUUCCACAUUUUUCUGGGGAGCAGCUUAUACAGAGAGAGAAAGAGUUAGCUGAUGUUCAAGCCUUGGCUUUGAAAGAAUGUCUGAAGAGGAGAAAGUUGGCAAAGCAGCCUGAAGUAGUUUCUGUUGAUGAACUAAAGAGUCUAUUAAUACUCACAAGAGAACAAUUUUUAAAUCAUUUUGAUGCUGUAAUUCCUAAAACAGUUCUGAUAAAGGCAGAUGAAAUUAAAACCUCCAAUAUGUUAAAUGAACCUAGUCCAGAGGAACCUGUUUCUUCAUAUCCAAUGGAAAAUAAUCCUCUGGAAUGGCCAGAAAGGCAUGUUCUUCAAAAUUUGGAAACUUUUGAAAAAGCUAAACAAAAAAUGAGAACUGGUUCAUUACCUCUUUCAUCUGAACAACUGCUUGGUCAUAAAGAGGGUCCACGGGAUUCAAUCACAUUAUUAGAUGCUAAAGAAUUGCUGAAAUUCUUUACCUCAGAUGGAUUACCAAUAGGAGACCUUCAACCUUUACAGAUUCAGAAGGGGGAAAAGACUUUUGUUCUGACACCAGAACUCAGUCCUCGGAAACUUCGGGUUUUACCUUUUGAAAAAGCCUCAGUAUGUCACUAUCAUGGAAUUGACACUGGGUACAGUCAGAAGUGUGGGAGGAUGAGAGAAUUCGCCAGAGCCAGAGCGGAGAGCACAGCAGGCAGACUGACGAAGUACACUGCUGAGGGGAGCAGCAGGCGGCAGGAGAGAUACUGCUUGGAUGACCGAAAAGCAUUAGAAAGAGAUGGGGGAUUUUCUGAACUUCAGUCUCGCCUUAUUCGUUAUGAAACUCAAACCACUUGCACCAGAGAAACUUUUCCUGUCCCUACUGUGUUGAGUCCUCUUCCAUCUCCUGCAGUUUUGUCAGAGCCUGGAAGUGUCCCUGAUGGAGAAGCUCUACAAAGUGAACUCAGGACUGAAGUGUCCCAGUUAAAAAGGAAAUCAAAAGAUCUGAAUUGCGUUUAUCCCAGAAAAAGUAGACUUGUGAAAUCGGAAAGUCUGGAUUCCAUUCUUCCUCAGACAAGUAGCCGUGGUAAUCCUCGCCAUGCAGGGACAUCCAGAAGGCCACAAGCAGAGCAGUCGCUACCGAAGCCUUGUCCAGACCUUAGGUCUGAAACUCCAAAAGUCAUUCCAAAGGCCAGUUUAAGACAAAAAAGUGUGCAUGAAUCAAAAACAUCAAGGCAGAUAAAGGAAUCAAGAUCACAGAAACACACACGGAUAUUGAAUGAAGUCGUUACUGAAACCCUGAAGAAACACCGUAUUCCUGAGGCUCAUGAAUGCUUCACUGCCUGCAGCCAGCGUCUCUUUGAGAUCUCGAAGUUCUAUCUAAAGGAUCUUAAAACUUCAAGGGGUCUAUUUGAAGAGAUGAAGAAAACAGCAAACAAAAAUGUUGAACAGGUGAUCGAAUGGGUGUUAGAAAAGACAAGAAAGUAAUAACACAGAAAACACAGAAUCAUUCUCCUUGGACAGUUAAAAACUGUGAAGAGCUAUAUUCUUUACAACUUCCUCCCUUAGUUUAAAAAUUAUAAACAUUUUGAACUUUACUCAAAGACUAAGCAUUAAAUUUUUAAAGUUUCAUAAAUAUUUUUAUAUAGCUUUGAGAAUGCUCACUUAAUGUAUUUUUAGCUGUCUAAUUCUGUAUUUUACUAUAUUUUCAGUUUUAAAGUUAAUCUUUUAAUGUAUUUCUUAAAUAUUACAACUGGUUAUUU